GACUUCCGGGCUCACGUCACGGACGGCGCAUCCAAUCGGCGCAUGCGUCCCGCGAACCAGCGUAUCUUGGCAAAGAUGGCGGCGGGGUCCGAAACGAAAAACAAUGACGUUUUCCUCAAAACGAAGGCGGACAAAAAAGUGAUUCGUGAUUUAGCCGAGUCGGCACCGGUUCGCACGGCUCACGUUAACAACACGACCUUAACAGCUAAUCACACAGAAAACGCAGCUGUCGGCAGUAUUUCUAAAAUUGAAAGCAACCAAAUGGGACUUUCACAACCAGAUUUUGCCAAGUCAGCUGUAGGGACAGAAGUGUACGCAUGUGCGAGUGACUGCGUGGAUGCAGCAAGUGGGACAACAUCAGCAAAAGAACCGAGCUCGAAAGACCCCGAUAAUAAGUCCGUCUGUGUUGGCGAGCCAGGGAAUAGGCUUUCUCAUACUUUUAACGGGCGCGUCGUCCAAGUCUACAACAGAGGCGCACCUGUUGGCAGCGGCGCCCACAAACCACAAUCCACUUCCACGGGCGUCGACAACGGACCUGUGACGGAAAACGUCACAACUGUAUCCACAACAUCCAAUGCAAUCAUUCAAACAACUUCUACGAGUUUGAUCAGUCCAGCCACGGUCACGCUUACAAGGCCCCCGAUGCCAACGUGUACCGCAGCACGAUGCGCAACCAGCACGGGUGCAAACAGAACUGACUCCCAGAGUGGCGCACAUGGGACAGCUUCAAGUGUCACCACUGGCUCGGCAACCCCCAUCAGGAGCCCAGUUGUUAAGCAGAAUCCGAGGAACCAUGGACCCUCCACAAUUGCUGUCACACCCACUGGUGAAAUAAGAGCUGUUACUCCUAAGGUGUUGACCCCCCGAUUCUCCCAGCCACAAAAAAAUGUCCAAAACAUCCAGAUCCCUGCAGGUAUGGUUUUGGUUCGCAGUGAAAGUGGGCAACUGCUGAUGAUUCACCAACAGACCUUGGCUCAGAUGCAAACUCAGGCACAGUCCCAAAGUGCAGUGACACCACCGCCUUCAGCCUCCUGCAGCACCAGCCAGAUCAAAUCUCCGCAGGCCUCACAGGCAUCACUGCUUGCCCGUGUUGUUACACCCACCACAUUUGUCCAACAAGGCUCAGCAGCCCAGACCACAUUGCCAACUACUUCUACACUGCAGAAACCUCCAGUGCUGCAGAACCCUGUCAUACUCGGAGGAAAUGCCACCACUCUGGAACAAAUUCAAAGAAUCCCAAACACAGUUCAGCCUGCAUCUGCAAUUCGAGCGCAAACACCGAGUUCUGGGUUCUUGGGAGCCACUGGGAACUCUGUCACUCCAACAGCAAUAACACCAAUCUCAGCAGAGACACUGCAGAAUGUGAAGAAGUGUAGAGACUUUCUAUCUACGCUGAUAAAACUGGUAUCCAGUAAGAACCACUCGUCUGAAACCAUCGCCAAUGUCAAAAAGUUGAUCAAGAAUCUGCUGGUAGCAAAGCUUGAGCCGGAAGAGUUUACCACUAAGUUGUACAAGGAGCUCAACUCGUCACCGCAGCCUUGCCUUGUGCCUUUCCUAAAGCGAAGCCUCCAAGCUCUGCGCCAGUUGACCCCAGAUGCAGACGCUUUUAUCCAGCAGAGCCUCCAGCCUCGUACAAGCGCUCAACCUUCGGCUGUGGCUUCUUCAUCCCUGACAACAGUGGUGAUGCGACCGCCACUUUCCCCCAAAGCCGCUAUCUCUGCAGCCACCAGCACUUCUGCAAACAAAACCACCAUCGUCACUGUCUCUCAACCGCCUUAUAGUAAACCUGGAAUGAUUGUUACCAAGCAACAAGGAGUGAUGGUGAACCCUCAGGGGACGUUGGCUCAGUCGUCAAUAGUAACUCUCAGAGGACCAUCUCACAGUCGCAUCAAUCUGGGACAGCCUCCUGUGGUCAAGCAGCUUAAUUCAGUCAAGCAGACUCUGGGUGCUAAUUCUGUUCAAGUUGUCAGCCAAACUCCUCUCCAGGCUUCGCAGAAGAACAAGAUGCAGCAAAUAAGCAGUGCAACCUUGAGGGAUGAUGAUGAUGAUAUCAAUGAUGUGGCCUCAAUGGCCGGAAUAAACCUGUCAGAAGAGAGUGCUCGUAUCCUAGCAACUAACUCGAGGCUUGUUGGUGCUGUGACCCGAUCUUGUAAGGACGAGGCUUUCCUCUCCACGUACUUGCUCUCUCAGAGAGCUCUGGAAAUUGGUAUAAAUUUUGGUGUCCAGGAAUUAGGGGUGAAUGUUGUAAAUUAUAUUGCCCAUGCUGCUCAGUUCAGACUACAGAGCCUGAUGGAAAAGGUCUCCCAAGUGGCACAGCAGAAGAACUCAACCUUCAAAGAAGAUAAACGGCAUGAACAGGUCACCGAAGUGCGAACCCAGCUCAAAUUCUUUGAGCAGCUGGAUCAGCUGGAGAAGCAGAAGAAAGAAGAGCUGGAGAGGGAGAUCCUCCUAAAGGCUGCUAAGUCUCGGUCACGACAAGAAGACCCAGAGCAGCUCAGGCUGAAACAGAAGGCCAAAGAGAUGCAACAGCAGGAGCUGGCGCAAAUAAUGCAGCGGGAAGCCAACCUAACAGCGCUGGCAGCAAUCGGUCCCAGGAAAAAGCGGAAAAUGGACUCACCUCUCAGGGCUUCUAGCGCAGAGGGCGUAGGGUUGGACUCCAGCCCACCCAGAUGUUCCGGCAGAGAUGGAUCUCGACAGUUAACACGACAGCGCAUUACUAGAGUUAACCUUCGUGAUCUGCUCUUCUGCCUGGAGAACGAAAGAAGCACUGGUCACUCGUGUCUGCGCUAUAAAGCGGGAAGAAACUUAUCUGGAACAUUGAAGAGACAGCACAUUUUAAAAGCCUCCUCCAGCCCCGGCCUAUUGUAUUCUCAGAGAUGGAGCAAAUAUCAGUGCAGCGCCCUGAUUUCACAUUGCCCUUCAGCUCACACGCUUUCCCACUCUUCAGUCGCGCUGCACAAAAAUGGAAAAAAAAUAUCUUUGCAGAACCGAGUACAUGAAAUGUCAGAGACCCUUUUAGUGUUACUUUAACUGCGUCUGAGUGAGAGCACCAGAAUUUUCUAAAUUGCAAAAAUCUAAUGAGAGCUUUUAACUGCCAUCAUAAUUGGAUUAUUUUAUUUUGAACUGUUUUACAGAGAUGCAUUAAUCCUGUCUGUUGAGCUGCCUCUAACCAAAUUGAAUCAGGUUCAUAGAAGGUUUGCAGCUUUUUUUAUUGUGUUGCCUAGAAUAUUAGAUAUUUUAUUUAAAACUAGUUUUAAUUGCACUAAUAAUUUCAAAUGCAUCUUAGUGAACCUGUUACUAUUUUAUGAUGUCCAUUUGAAUAUUGUGGUAGACAUGAGUCCAUAUAAUGCAUCCAGAUAGUAUUCACAAUUCUUUCCCUUUUCCACAUUGUUUAUUUACAGCAUUAUUCCAAAAUGAAAUACAUUCAUACGUAUUUGUCCUCAAAACUCGGCAUACAAUACCUUUUAAUGAAAAAGUAAAAAGGGUUUAAAAAAAAAAAGCUUAUCAAACUUAUUAAGGAUAAAAAACUAACCGUAAGUAUUCACAGCCUUUGCGCAAUGCUUUGUUGAUGCACUUUUUACAGCAAUUACAUUUUCAAGUAUUUUUUAUGUGAUACAAAAUGCGUGGCACACCUAUCUGAGCAGUUUCGCCCAUUCCUCUUUGCAGCACCUUUCAAGCUCCAUCAGGUGUAAAGGGAAGCAUUGGUUUUCAUCCAGGAUGUCUCUGUACAUUGCUGCAUUCAUCUUUCCCUCUAUCCUGACGAGUACCACAUUUUCUGACACUGAAAAACAUCCCCGCAGCAUGAUGCUGCCACCACCAUACUUCACUGUAGGGAUGGUAUUGCCCUGGUUAUGAGCGGUGCUUGGUUUUCUACAAACAUGAUGCCUGGCAUUUACACCAAAGAGUUCAGUCUUCGUCUCAUCAGAUCAGAAAAUGUUGUUUUGUGGUCUGAAAGUCUUUCAGGUGCAUUUUUAAAAUCUUCUUACUAAGAAAUGGCUUCCGUCAGGCCACUCUACCAUUUAAAUCUAAGUAGUGUUUUGCUGCAGAGGUGGUUGUCCUUCUAGAAAGUUCUCCUCUCUGCAGAGGAAUGCUGUAGCUCAGACAGAGUGACCAUCAGGUUCUUGGCCACCUCCCUGACCAGACUUAAAUUAAUGCAGCAAUGUACAAAGACACUCUGGAUGAAAACCAACACUUCCCAUCUAAUCUGGUGGAGCUUGAGAGCUGCUGCAAAGAGGAACUGGGCAAUACUGACCAAAGAUAGGUGUGCCAAGCUUGUGGCAUUGUGUUCAAAAAGACUUGAGACUGUAAUUGCUGCCAAAUGUGCAUCAACAAAAUAUUGAGCAAAGGUUGUGAAUACGUAUCUACAUGUGAUUUUGUAUUUUUUUAUUUUUGAUAAAUGUACAAAAUGUUUAUAAAAAAAAACAAAAACAAACCUUCACAUUGUUUAUAUGGUAUUGUCUGCGCAAUUACUUGGACAAAAUGAAUGUAUUUCAAUUGUGAAUAAGGCUGUAACGUAACAAAAUGUGUAAUAAGUGAAGCGCUGUGAAUUAUGUCUGAGUGCACUUUAUCAGCAAGUGUCUUGUUUAUCUUUCUGAAGAAGAUUGCUGAAGAUUUACUGAACUGAUGUUUUUAAAAUCAUCAACAUGGCAUUUUUUUUGUCAGUCGCAAUCAAGUAAGUGCAGACAUGUCUGCUAUAGAGAAGUGUAAGAUGAUUAGUUAACCCCAACAAAUAUGUUAUUGUUAGGUUCAUUUAAAAAUAAUAGAGGGAUAUUUUUAGGGCAAAAGGGUUGCCAGUAAAUACUUUGAGGGCCCUAUGCAAGUCCAAAUCAGACAAAAGGUAUUGUCUUAGAAAUAUAUUUUCAAGCAGUUAGUAUUUGUUUGCAGUUUAUUGUUUUUAAAAUUAAAACAUGCACUUUGACAGAUAUUUUAUAAAAUUUGCCAGUCAGAUUAAUAACUAUACAUAUUUAUUGGUCUUCACUUUGAAUGUAUACAAGUUUUUGUACAUUUUAUUAAUGUAUAAACAAACAUUUGCUACUUAAAAUCAAUGUCGAUAUAGGAAGUAUUUUCUCAUAUCACAAAGGUCACAUCUAUAACGGUGUCUUACAAUUGUGUGUAAAUUUGUAAAUAUCUGCAUUGAAACAAGUUUUGAUUUGUUUUUUUUUUAUAAUGGACUAAAAUAAAUCCGAUAAAUCUGCAAAUUCCUAACUCGAUUGCCUUCUGUGUUCACCGCAAAUUUGUGUAUCGAAACAAGAAAUAUAUGUCAAUGAAAACAAUAAAUCUCAAGUAAAUCUGUC